CUCGUAGCUGAACGGCCUCAGCUCACCAAAGGCAACUAGGGAGGGAGAGGAAGCGAGGAAGAAACUAGGGCACUGUUAUCUGGCCCCUUUUUACCAACCGUCAGGCACAAGGCAGAGAAAGAGAAAGAAAGCGCUGUGGACAGGAGAGCAGACGAGAGGACACCAGAAGUGUAGUGAAGCUGUAGACAACACCGGGGGAACCUCUGGAGUCUGGAGAGCUGAAGACAAGCAAGACAAAGGCAACCUUGACCGUCCUUACGAUCACACACACACACACACACACACUUGCAUUUCGCUCACCCCGUGUCACACACGCCAACACGUGCAAACCUCAGGCACGUGCGCGUACGCACAUCGAGCAGCAACAUGUUUGAGGAGCAGGCGACCAAGGUCAAGAUCACGUCCGUGGUGAUCAUUGUGGGCAUGUCGUCCAUGUUGGCGGCGGUGGUGACCGACCACUGGGCCGUGCUAAGCCCCCGGGUGGAGAAGCUCAAUGCUACCUGCGAGGCGGCCCACUUUGGACUCUGGAGGCUCUGCAAGAAGAGCAUCUUCAUUGUGGAGGAGGACCCUGAGGGCAAAGGCUGUGGCCCCAUCAGCUUACCUGGAGCAAAAAACUGUUCCUACUUCAAACACUUCACCUCGGGGGAAGAAGCUGAAGUUUUUGAAGUCAAGACUCAGAAAGAGUACAAUAUCUCAGCAGCAGCCAUCGCCAUCUUCAGUCUGUUCUUCAUGAUCCUGGGCACCCUCUGUGUCAUCUUCUCUUUCGGGAAGGGGCGGGACUACCUGCUCCGGCCUGCUGGGAUGUUCUUCGCCUUUGCAGGCCUCUGCAUAAUCAUCUGUGUCGAGGUGAUGCGCCAGUCCGUCAAGCGCAUGAUUGACAGCGAUGAGACCAUCUGGAUUGAAUACUACUACUCCUGGUCCUUUACCUGUGCCUGCGCCUCCUUCACCUUGCUCAUCCUCAGCGGAGUCGCCCUCCUCCUCAUCUCCAUGCCCCACAUGCCACGUAAUCCCUGGGAGACCUGCAUGGACGCUGAGCCUGAAACCUUAGAUUAGCCAUGGGUGACGUCUGAAAGCCCUGUUAAAGAAGAAACAAGUGUUUUGUUUUGUUUGUUUGCAUCUUUUAGCCCUUUAACUUCCAAUCCUAUUCCACAUAUUUAUCAUUACUGUAAACUGUUUUCCAAAGCAUUAAGGUUUUUAGCCUUCCAUGUCCAUUGAUUUGACUUCAUGUUUGCAAAAUAUUAAAAUCAACUUGACACAGAUAACCAGCCAGAGCAAAAAACAACAAAAAACGUUCAAGUUCACCCUAACUUUACCUGAUAAAUCAGUUGUUGGUGUGUUUAAGGGCUGAGGAACGAUUAAGUAACAUCUGAGACUUAAGAGUUGUCUGCUGAACAGCACCUUUUUUAAAGCACGAAUUUCUCACGUCAUCAUUUUUUAAAAAGUUCCUUGUGUGUUUAGUGUUUAUAAUUAUCGAGUUUUGUGACAACGCAAUACUUUCCAGCAGCUCUGUCACAUUUUUUAGAAUGUCUGAGGCUUUCCACAAGCACUUGAACACACCAAGUGGGCCCUGAUUGUAAUUUCAUUACCACGUGACAAAAAAGUAGGGGUUCUGACAUUACAGUGCAAAAAAUACAUUUCCUAAAUCAUAAGUUGUAUGUGGUCAUUAGUGGAUAAUCUGACAACAUCUGAACUUUCAACAAGUGCAGUUCAUCUGAUUAUAUAAUCACUCUAAUGAAAGUAAAAACAAUGCUGUUUUAUACUGGACAAUCAUACGACAACAAACAGACAAGAUCACAGAUUAAGGCUUCAAAAAUCAAAUUAUAGGUAUACAAAAGAUUAAAGAAGACUGGAAUAAAAGUGUACCUACCCAAGCCAGAUAAAGAUGGUGUAAUGCUUUGUUUUUAGUGAAGUAGUGAAUCGUUAUAAUGGGUUACUGUCACAGCAGUCCUUUCUUUUCUCCAAGGACUUUCUACAAUCAAUCCAUGGCAUUGAUUGUCGAGACAGAGACCACUUGCCUGAUACUCCCUUGUUGACAUCAGUCAUUUACUUCAGGUCAAUGUUCAAGACCCCUGUCCAGGAUCUCCGAUCCAUAUACACCGAUCCAAUACUGCAUAUAGUAUUUGCUUUCCCCCGGGGGUUAUGCUUUAUGUGUUAGCAAAUGUAUUUUGCUUUUAGUUGGCAUUUUUGAAAAAUAGCUACAAUACAGAGAAAGUUUAGAAAAUAAUUGACCAUUUGCUAAACCCCUACCCUUAAAAGCUAUAGUCAUAGCCUAGAUACAAUACUGUACGUAUGGCAGGUCAGUGAGCUAAAGCUAAAGAUUUCUCCACAUUGAAGCAAUGAGUCAUUGGUGGUUUCUUUUUUAAGAUUUCACCAAAACCUACAGGCAUAAAUGUGUAAGACAGUGUUUUGACAGUGUUGCAUAAGCUGCAAAUAUUAGCAUACCUGGGUAACAACUACCUACAGUACAAUAACAGUUGGCUAACCAAGUGCUACUUCCAAAGCCAGCAACAUUUCAUAAUUUGUGGGAUUACAGGUUAAAGAAAAAGAAGCCACUGUAUAGUAUUUCCCCAUGUGUGAUUGCCUACGUUUGGCAUAAACUUUAUGUCUUGGACUCCAGCUAAACUCAAGAGCAGAGACAGUGUUGCGUUCUCCAAAUUCACUGGUUAUCCCUUCUCCUCAAAGCCUUUUAACGUAUAGCAUUAAAAGUGAGUGAAUUAAACAAACAAUAAAGCAUAAAUCUAACAUGUUUGUCCACGUAUUAUGCAGCUAAACAGGGGUUAGGUUAGAAUAAAUGUUUUGCUUUCUGUUGACGCUAAAAUCAGCAACUAUUGCCAUUUCAACCGACAAAACUGACAGUUGCCAGCUAAAAUUGAGAAACCUGCCUUUGUCUGAAAUCAAGAACUGGACCACUGCUGUGUACAUUUUGAACUAAAUUCAGUAAAUCUCAGAAAAUGUUUGAAAUGUGUGGCAACAGUAGCUAACAGGGACGUGACUUAGUAAAUGGUCAAUUGAAGUUUUGCCACAUAACUGGGUUAUGAAUCAAGCCUAUAGAUUCAUAGAGUAUAAAAAUAAAGAUAUUUGUUUAUUUGCAGUGCUGUAUUAAAUUACUUUUUCUUUUUUUUUUGGGCCAUAUAUACCUAAAGCUAAAAUAUUUAGGAUAAGUAUGACACAGAUGAUGUUUUAGUACUGCCUAUGAUUGUAAAAUGGUACCUUAAAGCUUAAAGAUUUUGUAGAUUUUGUAACUAUAUCAUUGCUGUCAGAUGAAAAUCUCAUUCAGAUGGACAGACUAUCUUUAAAGUGGCUUAUUUUCAUGUUCAGAUCAUAGAUGACCUUUCUGGCGCAGUCAGUAAAAACACAAAAAUCUGUUUUCAUCUGACAGCAGUACUGUUUUAUUUGGCUCUUUUUCCUUUGUAGGUUUGACACAAGGGUCUUAUAUAUUGUUAGCAAAACAGUCUACAACGUCUAAGAUGUUAUUUCACAGUGAGUCACCCUACCCCCUGAAGUCAAUCAGCUGGUGCAGGUGCAGCGAAAUUAAAGUCUCAUAAAUGACGCUGUUUCACAGGGGAACACAAGAAGAAAUUAUUACAUUUAGCUCUGAGGUCCUUCUGAGAGGAACAUUUUCCAUUUUUCUUACUGCAGUCACAAAAAUUACUUGGUCAGUGUACAGGUUUGUAUUUUAGAAAGAUGAAACAAUACCUGUAUGUUUUUUUUAUCUACAAUAAUCGCAUGAAUCCUGCCAUCAUAUUCAGCUGGACGGGAACCAGCUGUGGACCUGAAAUUUAAACAAGCAGCUGAAAAAUAAGAAAUGUUUAAGAUAAUCAAGGAAGAGUUUCAUACACAAAAUGCCCACAUUUUUGUGAAAAAAGACUCACCCAGAGUUUUGUUUUUCUUGUAAACAAUACACCUGAUUUGUAUUUUAUUUUAGAUUUGUAAAUGCUCUGAAUAAGUAUAUG